AUGGCUGGGCUUGGUAAGACAACUUUAGCCAAAAAAGUUUACAAUGAUAGUUCAGUAAUCUGUAACUUCCACAUUCGUCUUUGGUGUACUGUUUCUCAAGCCUAUAGCAUCAAAAAUGUGUUACUUCAAAUUUUGUGCUAUGAAGGCAAACAUUCCAACAUGGAUGAUAAGUUAAAAAAUAUGGAUGAAUAUUUGUUGCUUGAAAAUCUCUACAAAAAACUAAAGGAGAAUCGGUAUCUUGUUGUUUUUGAUGAUAUAUGGGACAUUAAGUUAUGGAAUGAGCUGAGAAUUUCAUUCCCGGAUGACAAGAAAGGAAGUAGAAUCAUCUUCACAAGUCGAUCUUCUAAUGUGGCUUCACAGGUUGAAUAUGGGGGGAAACCUCACUAUCUUCGCCAGCUCAAUAAGAAAGAAAGUUUUGAAUUACUGCAGAAGAAGGUAUUUGGAAAAGAAGAUUGUCCUCAAGCAUUAUGUGGAAUCGCUAUGAAGAUUGCCAAGAAGUGCAGAGGAUUGCCACUUGCAGUUGUUGUUGUGGCUGGAUGA